AUGGCUUCUACAUUCCCUAGGAGUAUCCUCCUCACCACCCAAGGAGACUCCCUGCCCAAGAGCCUCACAGAGCCUCAUCAUUUGAGCCAAGGGAAGAAGGAGACAACACGCAGAGAGGAGGAAGAGUUCCAAGGCCGACGCUCCAACUCGACCACCGGACUCGAUCGAGUCCAAACAGAGGAAACUCAACUCGAUCGAGCUGAUGGUCGAGUUGACCUGGAGGAGCCCUAUUCGAGAAUCCUGGAUUUGAGUACGAUCCAGCACCUUACCAGGACUAUCCCAGAGCAUGGAACCCUAUACGGCAGUUCGAGCGAGCCAAGCUCCACCAAGGCCAAGGAGCCACACACACUUCAAGGAAGAAGAAGAGGAGCCACAAGCUCGAUCGAGCGCAGGAGUGCGAGUGGAGUGCUCCUGAUGGCCGUCUCCCUCUCCAGACCACGACCUUGCCUCCCAGUUCUUUGGGGGCACUGA